AUGAAGUUCGGAGUUUUUAUCGCGGCUUUUAUUUGUGUUGCGUAUGCAACAAAUAUCGAAAAUGAUAUUGUUCAAAAAGAAAUAUCAGAAGCAUUAUACGAUACUUCUAAUAUUUCUCCAGCAAAUAUAGCAUGUUCGGUAUCGGUGCACACCCAUUUGGCAGAUCCACAACCACUUCUUAUAAGGCCCGGAACCGAACAAUUUUUCCAUCCUACUGACAGUCGUGGUUUCAUCGAAAUGACUCUUAAUCAACCGAUGGAACUUUUCUGUACAACUGGAUUUGCUACACCAUCAGGUGUUAGUGGAAGCUUAAUCACAAUCAAUUGCAGUCAAGGGACAAUUUUCCGAUUUAACAAUAUCUUUUACAAUAUGAAUGAGUUUACGUGUCGCGAUUGGCCAACUCACGUCCCUCGUCGACGAACAGGAAGUCAACGAUGUUUCAACAAUGGAAUAUUUGUGGACACAGGAUUUGCUGUAAGUAACCGUUUCCUGCGUGUUUUCACGACUUGUCAUGACACUGUGACUGAAGAAAAUUAUUACACUUCUUAUCAUAUAACACCACCAAGUGCAAAUCAAGUAAGAAACGUAGUGAGACCUCGAUGGGAACAAGCAGAUUUCUUUCCUGGAAAGAAUGUUGAUAGUUUACAUACUCGUACUAACCAGAGAAAUACGAUCGCCGCAAUUCUUAACUCAGCAUCUCAAGCUGCAAGGUGGAUUGAAGACUCGCCGAGUGAUAUUUUCUUAGCACGAGGACAUUUAGCUGCAAUGAGUGAUUUUAUCACGCCUAAUGAACAAAGAAGUACUUUUUAUUUCACAAACACUGCACCACAAUUUCAAACUUUUAAUGGAUUGAAUUGGGUGAAUGUUGAAGUCAGUUCCAAUCACUUAGCCGGAAAUAGAAACAUCACGUUGGAAACUUACACUGGUACAUUUGGAAUUGGUCAAUUAAGAGAUGCCCUAAAUACUCCACGUCAAAUAUUCCUUGGAUGGCCUCAAAGACAAAUCCCAAUGCCAAUGCUUUUUUAUAAAAUUCUUAUCAAUCGUGCUGGAAAUUCAGGAGUUGUCUUACUUGGUGUUAACAACCCACAUUUGACAUUGACGGAAAUAUUGAGAGAUUAUGUUAUUUGUAGCGAUGUUGCUGACAUGAUUACUUGGGUGACUUGGCAACGUACAAAUUUGCAUAGAGGGUAUGGGUAUGCAUGCACGGUCAAUGAUUUUAUUAAUCGUACACGGCACAUUCCUGGUUUAUCAGUUGCAAACUUGCUGGUUUAA